AUGCAUAUACCUAGACUCGUAGCCCUAGGCGCAGUCCUCACGACAGCGGUCAAAGCUUUCACCCCGCUCAAUAUUACGGCGCUCUCAACCCGCGACGGCUACUCCGUCAUCGAAUGCUGGCAACUCACCUCCGUCCCCGUCGAAGCCCGCGCGGCUCUCAACUACGCCGUCGGCGGCGACCUGACGCGCGCAGAGUGGUCCAUCAUACAGCCCAGGACGACGGUGGGAGAGGCCUGGGCGCCGGCUGUACAGCUGACAGUCAUCCUCAACGGCCUAAUCCGCAUCACAUCGCCAGCACCGCCAAGGAACGCGUCGCAGGCCACGCCGUCACUCUCGCCACCAGGAGGCAGCAGUGACGACGAGGCAUCAACACGUCCGGCGCAGAGGACGGCGUACAUUCAGCCAGGCACGGUAUCCUCGUCGCUCGUCAUCGCGGCGGACUUGAAGAACGCGAGCGUGCACGCGGGACACUUUACCGAGUUCCCCGGCGACGAGCCGACGGUGCUGGUGCAGGUGCCGUUUGCCGGGAACGCGGCGCCGGAGCAUGUUGUUCUGGGAGAGGGGCCGUGUGAGAGGGGGAGUUGGGGCGCCGCGAUGGGCGGUGGCAUCUGA